UCUCCGUGUCUCUCGAAUCAUCUCCCGACGUCGACGCCGCGAACACUUGCCAAUUUAUUUGCGCCAAUCUCCCAGUUCCUUGGCCUUCCCAAACUCGCCAACGCCGAUCGACACUCCAAUCCCGAGCUCUCGGAAUCCAAGAAAUGGCGGACCUCUUCCUCGGCAGCCCCUUCAGGCGCCUGCUCUACGCCCGCCCGUACGCCUCGGCCACGGCCGCCAUGGACUGGGUGGAGACUCCGACCUCCCACAUCAUCAAGAUCAACGUCCCGGGGCUGGGCAAGGACGACGUCAAGGUGCAGGUGGAGGACGGCAACGUGCUGAGCGUCAGGGGCGCGGCCAAGGAGAAAUCGGAGGAGGAGACCGUGUGGCACGUGGCGGAGCGCGGGAAGCCGGAGUUCGCGCGCGAGGUGGCGCUGCCGGAGCACGUGAAGGUGGAGCAGAUCAGGGCCGGCGUGGAGAACGGCGUGCUCACCGUCGUCGUGCCCAAGGAGCCCGCGCCCGCCCGCCCCAGGACCAGGCCCAUCGCCGUCUCCAGCAAGCUCUGAGACCGCCGGACUCUCUGUGUGCCGUGUGCGCGGUGGUGGAAAGCUUUAGUUGCUCCGUAUAUUUUCGUAAAAGAAAGUUGCGCUGUUUAUGAGGUGGACAAUGUAACAGUGAAUCUUUAUUUUUGAGUAUGUGAACAUCGAAGC